GGAUAUCUGUGAGCACAGGCGCGGAACGGAAUUGGACGCUGACACACGUGGCAAAGAGCUCCUUUGUCAUGGAUAGGCUCCCCACUCAUCUAUGUGAUCUGAUGUGUUUCCGGUUAGUGGCCACUAAGAGUGGUUGUGCACGAGUAGAGUCCCAGAAAAAGAGGUGUCAAACCGAGGUCUGGCGAUGCGGAGAGUGUAGGAACGCGGCGUACCGUGCGCUGUCAGUCCUAUCCAAAGUGACAGCACGCAAGCUCUCCGCUACAUGUCAACAAGUUGACUUACAAAAUGUACUCACUUUCGCGGGAAAUUAGCGCGUUGUCAUGGAUACCUAGAUAACGUUGUCCAGUCUUUCGUUACAUUUGGAACGGAACAGGUUACAAUCCAACCUCUGGAGCGAAUAUCAAAGAGGGGAGCUGUUAUGGAAGAGCAGCGGGAUCAGAGCGAAGAUAACAGCGUUUCUCUGUCACCGAGCCUGCCCUCUCCACCUCUGCUCCCGCUGCAGGCUGCGCACCACACGCACAGAACCACCAACUUUUUCAUUGACAACAUCCUCAGACCGGACUUCGGCUGCAAAAGGGAGCGUUGUCCAACUGUCCCCAGCACUCCUUGUCCGGAUUCCAGCUGCAGUACCGACAGUGUUUCAUCUUCUGGCUCGUCCACCGUUUCGUCUCCAGCCAGCAGAAGGCAUUCCAAGGCAGGCGAGGCCGAUAGAGGGAACGCAACAAAAUCUGGGGUCGUCUCAGCGUCAUCCGUUGCUUUGAAUAGCCCAGGUGAAGCCUCCUCGCCCAGUAAGGACACCCAAGAGCUUAUGUGGCCCGCCUGGGUUUAUUGCACGAGAUACUCUGAUCGACCUUCAUCUGGCCCAAGGACCCGGAAAUUGAAAAAGAAGAAAAACGACAGUGAGGAUAAACGACCCAGAACGGCGUUCACAGCUGAGCAGCUCCAAAGACUGAAGGCUGAGUUCCAGGCGAGCCGCUAUAUCACGGAGCAGCGGCGGCAGGCCCUGGCGCACGAACUCAAGCUGAACGAGUCGCAGAUUAAAAUCUGGUUCCAGAACAAACGGGCUAAAAUCAAGAAAACCACCGGAUUCAAGAACGGCCUGGCAGUGCAGCUAAUGGCGCAGGGACUGUACAACCAUUCCACCACCACCCUUCAAGAAGACGACGGCAACUAGCAGAGACAGAAACAGAGAGAGAAAAGGGGAGAACCCGGAGAGUGAAAUAUAGGGUCGGAAGACAAAGUGAAGCUGGAAAAACUCAAAUUACUUGACCAGACGUUAUAAAGGGAUAUUAUAGUUACCUUUAUCAACCUGUUUGGACGGGCGGGUGAUUUCUUACAAUACAAAUAUGUGGAAGCCUCAUUUUGAUUUUGAGGACGCUAUUAAAAUCUAAAUGAAUCGCGCUGGUUUGUUGUUUGAAAUCGUUGCCACUACAAGUCAAAUUAGACACUUUACAUUUUAACUGAAUUAUUGUUUUUUUGUGCUGUUAAAAGCAAUAUUUCUUCGCGCCAAAGAUGUUAUUCGAUUAAAGUAUCCAGAU